AUGGCACCGCCGUCUGUCCUUGUUCUCCUUUCUCUUGUCCUCUCCGUCCAGUCGCGGCCACGGGCACUGCACGAUGAUCGAUUCUCGGCGGGUGCGCUCACAUGGCCUCCUGUACGCGACUCGAGAGUAUCAUCGCGGUCUCUGCCCGCUGCGAUAGAGGACGAUACGUCGAUGGGGACGCUGCCCGUGCUGCCUGCCAAGCGAAGAGAACCGUCGCAUUUACAGGUUUCGAGAGUAAGAGCUCAAGAUGAACCUCCGGAAGCAAGAAGCGAAGACAUCUUUCGACGAGACUUUCCCGCCGAUGGCGGCCAGCCGGGGACGUUGACUCUGCCAGUCAUACAUGCCGAGCCGCCUAGGAUAGGCAAAAGGGCGCUCGAGGUGCAGCUCGAGAACCGCUCGGACGUAGCCUACUAUGCCCAGCUCAGCAUCGGAACACCGCCGCAAAAGGUCUUUGCCCAGCUCGACACGGGCUCCUUUGAGCUCUGGGUCAACCCCAACUGCAGCGGCCUGCCCGUGACGGACCGUCGCUUCUGCCAGGCCAUCGGACGGUACGAUCCGUCCAACUCGUCGACGGCCGUGGUGAGCGAGCUGGGCACGUCGCUGCGCUACGGCAUCGGCUCCGCCAACAUCACGUACGUGCUCGACGACAUAUCCCUCGGCGGCGGCUCUGAUUCCGGCGCCUCGUCCGCCGCCACGAUGAAGCGCGUGCAGUUUGGCGUCGCGACGACGAGCGAGGACCAGUUCUCGGGCAUCCUCGGCCUCGGGUACGGCAGGGGGCUCAACAUCGGGUACGACAACUUUGUCGACCAGCUGGCGCGGCAGAACGUGACGCGCACCAAGGCGUUUAGCGUGGCGCUGGGCUCCAAGGACGAGCGGCAGGGCGUCGUCGUGUUUGGCGGCGUCGACACGUCCAAGUUUGCGGGGCGGCUCGCGCAGCUGCCCAUCAUACCGAAGGGGGAGUCGCCGGACGGCGUGGCGCGGUACUGGGUGCGGAUGAAGGGCAUGAGGCACGUGGCCGCCAACGGCACGGCGACGGACCUGCUUGCUGCGUCCAACACGGAGGGGGGGAGGGAGGGGAGGGAGGCGGAGGGGAUGCCCGUGUUUCUGGACACGGGGGCGACGCUGACGCUGCUGCCGCCGGAGGUGGCGGGGGGGAUUGCGAGCGCGAUGGGCUCGACGACGAUGGACCUGAACGGGUUCCAUAUUGUGGACUGUGCGCUGACGGGGAGGAAUGGGUCGGUCGACUUUGCGUUUGAGGGCGUGACGGUAAGGGUGCCGUACAGGGAACUGAUACGCGAGGUGCGCAUGGAGCCGCCGAUGUGUUAUCUGGGGGUCAUGCCGAGCGACAUGUUUGCGCUCCUGGGGGAUACGUUUCUGCGGUCUGCGUACGUGGUGUUUGACCUCGACGCCAACAUGACGUACAUGGCCCAGUACACCAACUGCGGCUCGACGGUCAGGACGAUUGCCCCGUCGUCUGACCUGAAGAGCCUGGUGGGCGAGUGCAACAGGGGGCCCACGGACGUCAACGGGGGGUCGAACGACGGGGAGAAGGCGGGGGGCAAGGAGCCCAGCGGGGGCGCGAGGCUACGACACGAGGGCUAG